AUGGACUACAUCUCAAGUUUCGACAUUCGCUUAGCCAAAGAGAUUUACUAUGCCGGCGAGAAGAUCAGCGGCAGCGUUUUGCUUGAGAACAUCGAAAACAUCAAGAUAAAAGGCAUCACAUGCAGCCGUCAUCAGUCGACGAUUCCUAGUAAAGUGAUGGUUAUAGGAAUCCGAGUGCUGCUUCGUGGAAAGGUGCACGCUACGUUGAAGGUGGUAAAGUCGGGGGAGAGAAGGACCAUCAAGGAUGACCAGUACGUGCUUGACGAAAAACUGCUCAUUUGGGGCAAAGGUAUGUUGACUUUUUCGAGUAUUUGCAAUUUACCUAGUGGUGUAGCCGUAAAUAACAUUUAGUU